AUGGCAGGUAGCGGCGGCCUGGGCGGCGGGGCCGGGGGAGCCCAGGGCGCGGGGGCCGGGCCGGGGGCCGGGCCGCGGGCGCCGCGGGCGCCGCUGCUCCUCGCCGCGCUGGUGCUCGGCGCCUACUGCCUCUGCGCCCUCCCGGGCCGCUGCCCGCCGGCCGCCCGCGCUCGGGUGCCGGGCCCCGCGCCCGCUGAGCCGCUCCGCGCCGUCGGCAGCCGGGGGGCGCCAGGCCCGCGCGUGGCCGGCGGCCCGGGACGCCGGCGUUUCCCGCAGGCGCUCAUAGUGGGCGUGAAGAAGGGCGGCACGCGCGCGCUGCUGGAGUUCCUGCGGCUGCACCCCGACGUCCGCGCGCUCGGCUCUGAGCCCCACUUCUUCGACAGGUGCUACGAGCGCGGCCUCGCCUGGUACCGGAGCCUGAUGCCACGCAGCCUGGACGGGCAGAUCACCAUGGAGAAGACCCCUAGCUACUUCGUGACCCGGGAGGCCCCCGGCCGCAUCCACGGCAUGUCCCCGGACACCAAGCUCAUCGUGGUGGUGCGCAACCCCGUGACGCGGGCCAUCUCCGACUACGCCCAGACGCUCUCCAAGACCCCGGGCCUGCCCAGUUUCCGCGCGCUGGCCUUCCGCCACGGCCUGGGCCCCGUGGACACGGCCUGGAGCGCUGUGCGCAUCGGCCUGUAUGCCCAGCACCUGGCCAACUGGCUGCGCUUCUUCCCCCUGUCCCGCUUCCUGUUCGUCAGCGGGGAGCGCCUGGUCAGCGACCCGGCCGGAGAGGUGGGCCGCGUCCAGGACUUCCUGGGCCUCAAACGGGUGGUCACGGACAAGCACUUCUACUUCAACGCCACCAAGGGCUUCCCCUGCCUCAAGAAGGCCCAGGGGGGCAGCCGCCCCCGCUGCCUGGGCAAAUCCAAGGGCCGGCCCCACCCCCGCGUGCCCGAGGCUGUGGUCCGGCGCCUGCGGGACUUCUACCGGCCUUUCAACCGCAGGUUUUACCAGAUGACCGGCCAGGACUUCGGCUGGGACUGAGGAGGACAGUCCUGCCCAGGGACACUCGCUAACCUUAAUUUAUGCCUGCCGCUGCCGGGCCAUGGAGCCUGCAAACAGAAGACGGGCAGGGAAAAGUAUUUAAGAAAU